CAGUCAAGAUGGCGUUCGCCGAGCGGAGUACGCUGUCGGGCAGGAACGCGUGAGGGUAAGAAGAGAGGAAGAAAAAAUGCCACGAGGUGCCGUGGACGUUUCGCGCGGGGUGCUCGCGUGAGGAUCGGGUCCUCGGGAGCAGUGCGCGAUACUCGGUGAUACUUGGUAUUAACCUAAGUGUGCUAAGGUUGCGCGCGGGGACUUGCGGCGCGACACGGCGUGGUGAGGUGCGGUACGGCGCGACGCGGACGGGAUCUUUACCUCCUCCUCCUCUCCCUGUCUCGUAGGCUGGCAUGGAAGCGCAACCUGGUCGUGCGACCGAACUCGUUGCACGCGAGGGAACGACGAUGCCGUGACAUCGCUCGGCUACGAGAUCACUCGGCGUCUGAGGAUCAGAGGAUCAGACGCGAGCUAGACCGGCCAUGGCGUCUAUCGCGCGCGCGUGAUUGCCAAGCAGUUGAUUGAGAAAGAAAGUAAAGCAAGAAAGAGAGUGAAAAGAAUGUCGGGACGCAUCUACGACGGCGGUGAUAGGGAACGACGAUGAAGUAUUGAAGACACUCAUCGUAUAUAUAUAAGUACGUAAACAAACAUUCUGGCCUAUUUCCUUAUCUCUCGUUUUUGCUUCCUGAUUACAUUUGACAGCUACUCACCGUCGUCACCGUGGGUUAUCCUGGAUUUGUGGAUUAUGCGUGUCGAUAUGCGAAUGGAAUGUUUUGAUUAUACAAUUCACGUGUAUGAUGUCGUGUCCCUGUUGUGGACUGAAUCAGUUGUUCGACAAACUGUGUUCAAUCAGUUUGUGAUCGAAAGCUUUGAGAGGAUAUUCUGUAGAGCAAAGAAUUGAAAGUGUGGAAAUGUGUAUAAAUGACACAGUAAUGUUAAGGUGUUAAGCUUAAUAGAUAUUAGAGUCAUGUUUAAAUGUGUGUGAGACAUUCCAUGAUAUGCUAUAUAUCAUUAAGAUAUAUAUUGUGACUUAAUGGACAGUGCACACCAUGUCUAAUAGUCUAGACAGUUUUCUGACACGUAUCGGGGACGUCACAAUCGAACGUGUGACUCCUCGCGGAGGAUCUAAGCCCAGUGAGACAAAUAUGAUGACGAAUGAGACUGCAACCGGUGCAAACAUGAAUACAGAACCGCAGGCAACCAAUGACGAAAGUUCGGAUGAAUCGAGCGGCGAAACAACAGACGGAGAGCAGGAGAAGAAACUCGAUGCUUUACAAUCCGAGGAAAUAGAAGAGAUACGCUCCGAGGGUUCGGGGGACGAUAUGGAUCUGGACGAAACGAUCGACUCGCAGAUCGGUGUUAGAAUAGAUUCAGAUAGGCAGCAACAUCAUCCGUCUCAAGAAGAGGAUGAUGAAGAACAAGUUAACAUCUUGGACACUUUGCCAUUAGAAGGAGCGCCCAUAGAAGGCCAGGAAGUAUCCGAGGCCGAUUUACUAGGAAAACCGAUAUCAAAAGAUUCGGAGGAUGAGGAGAGCAUGGAUAACGAAAAAGCGGAUGGACACUCCGCGGAAGAGGAAGGCGCUGAUAGUAACAAGAGACAUGCGGAUUCCGAUCAUUCUGACAACGCGAAGAAAAAAGCAAAGAAGGAAGAUAGUAAUACGGAGGGUAGUACGUCGGAAUGCGAGUUGAAAUCAGAAAAGAAGUUAGCCAACAUGCGAAGGAACAUCCGGGAAGUGAUGGACGAGGCGCAACUUGACGAAGCCACGCUUUCCGCUCAGAGACAGGAGAUGGAGCGUCUCAGGCGAGUUCAGGAGCAACAGAGGAUCAUCCGCGAAGUGCAGCGUCAGAUAGCGAUUAACAAGGCGCAGAGCAAUAAGGCACAGACACGCGUCAUCAGCCUUUUACAGACAAAGCAAAAUCAGACUGGCGCUACCAUGAUCUCACAGUCGUCUCCGUCAUCAUCGUCGAUUACGUCGUCUACCCAGGUUCGUUUGCCGAGUACUGUGCUUUUGAAAGUGAACUCUGGUUCUGGUACGGGCGUUCAGACUACUCAGACAGCCGGGAUGCAAGCGGGACACAUUCAAAGGAGAUCGAUGGACAGUGGGAUGCGUUGGCAGAAAGGUAGAGGCGGUUACCAAGGAGCGCAGACGUCUAUUUCGCGAGUUCCGAAUCGUUCUGGUGCGCCAAAUAUGCUGCAGCAAAGGAUUCGCAUGAUGACACCAUCCGUGAGUAUAUCGCCAGUGGUGCCUAAGAAGGAACCAAUGGACCGUGUAGAGUAUUACUCCGAUUCAGAGAUAUCUGACGUGGAAGCUGAGGAGAUGAUACGUGAAAAGCAAAUACACGCGAUGCGAAAGACACCUGGCGUGCCCAAAUAUCAGAGGCCGCCCAAGGGCAAAGAUGUAGUGACGAUAUCCAGUUCGAGUGAGAGUUCAGACGAUGAUUGUAUAGUCCUGAGCGAUCCCAGCGGUGAAGAGGAGACCGACAAUGAGGAUGAUCCAUCUAAUUCCGGCAUGCACACCAACGAUCGGUACAAUGUACCGGACGAGCAUGGGCGAGUGUUAAUAAACGUUGGCCAUCCUGAAACCGAACCGGAUGUGUUUUUGGCACCGCAAGUAGCCCGCAUUAUUAAGCCGCAUCAGAUCGGCGGUAUACGUUUUCUUUUUGACAACAUCAUUGAGACUAUUGAAAGGUAUAAGACCAGCAGCGGUUUCGGCUGUAUUCUCGCUCAUAGUAUGGGAUUGGGCAAGACCCUCCAAAUCGCUAGUUUUUGUGACAUUUUUUUUCGAUGCACCACUGCCAAGACUGUCCUCUGCAUCAUGCCCAUAAAUACACUUCAAAACUGGUUAGCGGAGUUUAACAUGUGGUUACCGUACGAAGAUCCCGCUAUUACUGCCGAGAAGCAAUCUAAGGCUACGAAUGUCAAGAUAGAGCCCGGAAUGGAUAUGAAACAUGAGAUGAAAGAAGAAAGUUGCGGUCAGAGUGAUAUAUCUCAUAUGUCGCGGCCUAUCAGCACAGAAUCUGCGCAUCGUUUUGGCCAGGACGCUUCACAACAACCGAUGAAUGUCAUGUCCGAGAAUCCCUAUGCGAAUCCUCAUCAUGGUUAUGAACCGCGUAACAUAAUGUCGGGAAGUUAUAUGCAGGAUUCUAUGAUGAAUAAGAACAUAACUGAACCGCGUGCGCCACAUAUGCCGCCGAACUAUCAUCAGGGCGAGAUACCGCAAAAUCCCAUAUACAACACAAAUCCGAAUUCGCUUCAUAAUUUUCCCGAUCCAAUGAAAUCCGAUCCAGUAAAUUGCCAUAGCAUGCCGCCCGGACAGAAUAUGACGGGACCAAAAUUCGGCAUGGAACAUCAAGCUCUUGGCGUUAUGUAUCCCGGUAUGGAGAAUCGAUCACAGAGUAAUUCUAUGUAUCCUGAUAUGGAGAAUCGAAACAUUGCUGCGAUGUACCCGGGCAUGGAUCAUCAUUCUGCGCCGAUGUAUCCAAAUUAUAAUAAUGCUUCUGGCACUUUUUUGAAUUAUGGUAGUCAAACUAAUCAACAUGAAUUGGAACAAGAACCGAAGAGGGAGAAUAUGCUGUCAGGAGGAAUGCUGCCGUCUCAGAAUGCGGAAGUGAACGUAAAGAAGGAACCGGAAGAGAUGAUUAAAAAAGAAGAGAGUACGUCGACAACAAAGGAAUUAACAGAAGACAAGAAGGAGACAAUUGAGAAGGUAAAGACACCAUACAGCGUAAACACGCCCAUUGGCAUGGAAGUACGUCCGAGGCACUUUCACCUGCAUAUUCUGAAUGAUUCGCAUAAAACUAUGACGGCGAGAGCAAAGGUAAUCCAAGAAUGGCAAUCGUCUGGUGGCGUUUUACUGAUAGGUUAUGAAUUGUACAGACAAUUGUCUUUGAAGAAACCUAAUAAGGCGAAACGGAAACGCGGUCAACCCUUCAAGGAUACCGUGGAUGUAGAAGAGGAAGAUAAGAACAAAGGAUUGUUGGACGAAAUGCACACGGCUCUUGUAAACCCUGGACCAGAUUUGGUAAUCUGCGAUGAAGGUCAUCGCAUUAAGAACUCGCACGCUAGUAUCAGUAUGGCAUUGAAGCAGAUGCGCACGAAACGCAGGGUUGUUCUGACCGGUUAUCCAUUGCAGAAUAAUCUCCUGGAAUAUUGGUGUAUGGUGGAUUUUGUGAGACCGAAUUAUUUAGGUACUAAAAGCGAAUUUUGUAACAUGUUCGAAAGACCGAUUCAGAAUGGCCAAUGUAUUGAUUCCACGCCGCAGGAUAUACGCUUGAUGCGGUAUCGCGCGCAUGUUCUGCAUGCUUUAUUGGAAGGUUUUGUGCAGAGAAGAUCUCACUCUGUGUUGCAAAUGUCGUUACCUCGCAAGGAAGAAUAUAUUCUUCUCAUUAGGAUGACGCCUCAUCAGCGUAAAUUGUACGAUACGUUUAUGAAUCAAGUAGUGAAAACGCGCGCGGUGCCAAAUCCGUUAAAAGCUUUUGCCGUGUGUUGCAAGAUCUGGAAUCAUCCAGAUAUUCUGUACCAUUUUCUUCGCAAACGUCAGGCGAACGAGGAGGAUGAUUUAGACCUGGAAGAGACGAUUGGAGAAAAAUCUACGGGGGGUGGCAAGAAAUCUAAAGCACGUCAGUCAAAGGGUGAAUCGAAGAAAUCCAAGAAAGGCACGACGAUAAAGAACAAACCCGCUGCUAGCGUACAACCGAACGCUUCUUCGUCAUCCAGCAACGAUAACGUGGAAGCUGAGAAUGCACACAAUACUCCGAAGCAAAAUAAUUAUACUAAUUAUCCAAUGCCAGUUUCCAGCUCGGGAUAUUCCAAUUCUAUGCACCAGGGAUCUUAUCCUCCUCACAAUUAUCAGAACUAUCGUCCGAAUGAUCAAAACACAUAUUAUAGGAAUGAUAAUAAUAAUCAUGGCGAAUAUAAUCAUGGAGAGUUUUAUAAUAAUCAAGGACAACAGAGAUAUAAUAAUCAACCAUUUCAGUCAUAUACUCAAACAUCGGGCUAUAAUACGACGCAGGGAUACGCCAAUCAAUCGCAAAAUUACAUGCAGUCGAAUGAACAGUCAACGAAUCAUCCUCAGAGAUAUGGCGGUGCAACGGCUGGAUCUGAUUUCAGACCAGAUCAAAAUCAAGGAAAUAAUUACGAAGCACCAGGAAUGUUUUCGCGACAAAGUUAUCCCUAUCAGGAUCAGCAGCGUAAUUAUACGCCAAAUUUGAAUCAAGGACCUAGCAAUUAUUCCCAGGUAUCCAAUCAAUCUUCCUUUCAGGCUCAGAUACCGAAUCAGUCCGCGAAUAUGCCGAUGACAGAUUACUCAUCAUAUACCACGAAUCAGAAUCAAAAUUACACGCCGACGCCGGCCCAGACGAAUCCGAUAUAUCCACGAAACGAUGCGCAACCACUGCAGAACUCAGCGAUGGGCUAUUCUGUAUCACAACAAGGUCAGCCUCCGACUCAGAACCAAACUCAGACUACUGGUUAUUUGUUGCCGCCACAGCAAGGUCAGAAUACAUCACCUGGUCAAAAUCGAGGCUUCUCGCCGAACCAGCAAAAUCAACAGAACCUAAGUCUGCAGACUCAGUCUCAUUCAUACACCGGUCAGCAAUCUCAGGGUAUGUCUCUUCAAAGUCAGUCGCAUCCCUAUUCUACGCAGGUGAAUCCAACUCCACCACAGACUCCGCAGCAUACGUUCAAUCAGGCAUCAGCGACUCCGAUGUCGCAGGCUUCAUCUCAUGGUUAUAUACAGCCGAAUCAAUCAAAUCAGGGACCUGUGACGCAGGGUUCAAUGCGUGGUUAUACUCCAGCACCACCGACUCAAAUGAAUGUGGCGCAAAACCAGUCCAAUUAUCCGGCCAAUCAGCCCGCGCAAAAUGUCAACGCGCAGAAUCAGACGCAUAGGUAUCCUCCGGAUCAGCAAGGUUCGGCCUCGAAUUCGCAGAACGCAGUUCACGCAGGAUAUGGGCAUCAUAUGGUGUCUCAAGCCGCUUCCACUCAGGCGACACCGUAUCCUCAGCAGAAUCAACAGAGUCAGCAGAGUCCGGCGCCGCCAUCUAAUCAGACUCAUUCUGGUUAUUCAUCGAAUCAUCCUGGCACGAUGUCACAGAUUCCCGCUGGUCAUCGAUACGGCACCGCGCAGCAAGCGCAAGUGGCCCAGAGUCAGACUAUGACUCAAUAUCCACCGAAUCAACAACAAUCCAAUCCAUCACUAGGUCCAAACGAUCAACUUUACUCCAGACCGGACGUGGCAGUGGUAUCGCAGCAAACGCAAGGUUAUGCUGCAAACGAAUUUCCGAACGAUCGCUCGGGUGGAAGUACUGCUAGCAAUUCCGGCAACAAUUACACCGUCAACCAACCGCAAACCCAGAACCCUGUUAUGCCAAGUUAUUCGUCAGAUGGUUCGAACUCGGCAACGUCAGUCGGACAGAUGAAGAGCGCGGACGAUCCCUAUUGGCAACGUAAUUACUCGCAAACGUUCCGGCCAGAUCAACAGUGCAACGACACGUAUUACAGAGAUCAAAUGAACUCGGGCGUGAAUCGUUAUCAGAACAAUUAUUUUUCGCCGCAAAAUUAUCCGAAUCAAUCAUACGAUUAUGCUAAUCACAAUUCGGAUAUGAACUCACGGACCGAUGAGUCUGCGAAAACUUCUCAGCAGUCCGGUACUCAUCCUCCACAGUGUGAUAAAAGCAAUAAAGACAUGACAUCUAGUAUUGGCGUGCAGAGUCAACCGAUGCAUUCGAAUAAUUUCUCUGGUGCGCUGAAUUAUCCCGCGGAAUCGAAUCGCCAGAGUUCGACUACAUCUGCAUCUAGACAAUCGGGACAGGGGAUUAAUUCAACGAAUAAUUCUCGAUUGAAUCAGAACGAAUUAUUAAAGGAGGAUGAGAGGGAGAAAGAAGAUCAAUUGGAAAAGGAUAAAGAGGACAAAUCUGAUGACGAGAUUCUCACGAAAGACGAGGAAAAAGAUUGUAAGAGUUCUCCUAUUGGAAAGGAAGAUCCUGGGAUUCCAUAUGACUGGGCGACAGAGUUGAUGAAGAACUAUAUACCUGGAUUGAUAGAUGCAUCCGGAAAAAUGGUUAUUUUCUUUUGUAUCCUCGAAGAAGCUAUCAAAUUGGGAGAUCGUGUGCUUGCAUUCUCGCAGUCACUGUUUACAUUGAAUCUCAUAGAAGAUUUUUUAGCACGAAAUAGCUUAAAGUAUCCAGACGGACAGACUGACGCUUGGAUUAAGAAUGUGAAUUAUUAUAGAUUAGAUGGAAGCACCAGUGCUUUAGAGCGCGAGAAACUUAUCAACGAAUUCAACAAUAAUCCAAAGAUUCAUCUAUUUCUAGUUUCGACACGGGCAGGUUCAUUAGGUAUUAAUCUUGUCGGUGCGAAUCGCGCGAUCGUAUUUGAUGCUUCCUGGAAUCCGUGCCACGAUACGCAAGCUGUGUGUAGAGUUUACAGAUAUGGUCAGCAGAAGCCGUGUUUCGUUUAUCGAUUAGUUACUGAUAAUUGUUUGGAGAGGAAGAUCUAUGAUCGACAAAUUAGCAAACAAGGUAUGGCAGACCGGGUAGUUGAUCAGUGUAAUCCUGACGCACAUCUUUCGCUGAAAGAGGCGACGACAUUGUCGUGGGAUUGGGAGGAGGACAGUCAAGUACAAGAUUUCUCGCAGACUAAGGAUAGCUACACGGACGAAGUUAUGCAUUGCGUGCUAGAACGCCAUUCUUCAUUGCUAACCAAGCAACCAUUUCAUCAUGAGAGUUUGCUUGUCGAUCGGAAAGAUAAAAAACUCAGUCAGGCUGAGAAACGAUUAGCUCGUCGCGGCUACGAACUUGAGAAGAUGGCAGCUAAUUGUUCAAGGCCGAGUUAUAACUACGUUCCAGGGAAUACAGCCACGCGAGCAGGUGGAUUACAAAUCAGAGCGAUUCGUGGCGGUGAUGGAGGAGGAACCACGCCGAAACCUGUUGCUUCCGUGAGACCGAUGCAACAGCGAGGCGCUGAAGGAUUAGGUCCGCGAAAUGUAACUGGUAGUAGAUGGAUUCCAGCAGAGGUGUGGCAAAGGCAAGGAAUGAGUGCGCAAGAGAUGACGCUACCUUUGGAUGUGGUUAUCCCGACCAAUUCUCCGGACAAAGGAAGUAUCGUUCUGAAAGCGGGACAACGAGUAAUGGUGCUGAAGAGUCCGAAAGGCAUUUACAUGCAGCUCGAAUCCGGCAAAAUUAUAGCGAUUCGCACUGCGCUUAAAUUGAAUCAACAAAAGCGGGAAGAGGAGCCGAAGAAAGUUUCUUCGAUGAUACAGAGGAAUUCUAAAUCUGAAGUUGGCUUCCCCUUACGAAAUAACUCUGCAAUUUCCAUAAUACCUAAAUCAUCUUCGAAUAACCAGACUGGUAGUCGACUUCCCUGUAAACCAUCACCGGGUCCAGGUUAUAAGCCAUUUGGCGAUAAAGAAAUUUCCAAGAGACCGAAACCGGUCGCUACAGCAGCUGCCAAACCUUAUCUGAGUCAAGUAAACCUAACUAACCAGGUUUCUCUGUCGAGGUUACCGAAAGUGAAACAAGAGCCAGUGGAUCAUUCCACACUCGGAGAUAAUUCUAAUUCGUCCGACGGUCAACUGAGAACCGAGCAACGAGUCGAAGAAGUUAGAUUGGAGGACGUAGUGGCCGAAGUGAGCUCGAACACCGAAUAUAGCCCGUCUAAUCAUACUCGUACUACCAAUUCGGAUACAGACACAUCUUUGCCGAAAUCUUCUGAAGAAGGUACUCAGGUUUAUACACCUGACACUGUCUCUUUAGCGCAAAGCGUACAGACACAACAUGAUCAAUCUGAAUCGGAACUACCGUCGAUUGUUGACAAACAAUGUUCACCGCCGGAGAAAGAGCCUUCUAAGCCAGAUACAUUAACAAACUAUGGUCGCUCUUUUCAUAGCCAGACAGAAAAGCGAGAUACUUCCAAUGAUGAUAUCAUCAUCGAGGAAUCGCCGCAGGUGACGCCACAAGUCGCGACACAAACCACUCCUGGAUCGAUGCCACCAUCUUUGUUAACACCGUCACCAGUACCGUCGGCUGUGCCAGUACCAUCAACCAUGCCGAUGCUACCGAGCAUUCCAGUAACAUCAAACAUGUCGAUACCAUCAAGUAUGCCGUCAAGUAUACCAUCGAGUAUAUCGUCGAGUAUGCCAUCGAAUGUACCAUCGAGCAUAUCAUCGAGCAUGACGUCGACUAUGCCGAUAUCAUCGAGCAUAUCAUCGACUAUGUCAACCCCAUCGAGCAUGCCGAUGUCGUCGAUGCCGCCGGUAUUAUCUGUACCUGUAAGAGGUCCGGAAACACAUAAAAGCAGCGCUGAUUCCGUCGUUGCAUCCUCAACUAUCUCAGUGUGCACUAGCACUAAUAUUACUUCUCCGAAGAGCACCGAGCCGACUCCGAGUAUGCGAGACAAUGUGAUUCAGGGAGAUCCAACAACGCCGAAUGUACCUCAGGGGUAUCCUUACGCUCAGUAUCCAAGAUACUACGACUACAGUGAUCCACGAUCUCGCUCGCUAUCCAAUCCUUACGGCACUUACUUCCCCAGUGUUCCACCACACACCGCGAAUCCCAGCAGCAGACUGCCAAUAGACACGACGAAGCCUCAACCAGACCUAGGAAAGCCUACGGACGAGAGGAACGUGAUGAACGUGCCUACUGCUUACUCUUCUCAAGUACCGAGCAUUACUGCCAAAACGCUAACGAGCAACUCCGUGACGGAAUCUAAGGGUACAGACACCACAGCAGCCGUGACCACUACGGUGGCCUCCUCGAGUAGAGAUGAGACUGCGCAUAUACCUACCGCGUUUAGUCAUCCUACUAGCACGCGCUAUCCAGGGCCGUAUCCACCGGGCCCGUAUGAUCCAUAUUCGCAACAUUAUCCACCGGCGCCUGGCUCUUCCGCAGCGUAUCCUCCAGGAGCACCCGGUUAUCCAGCAUACGGUGGACCUAGCUACAACACGGAUUAUGCUCGCAUGUAUUCGGCGUUUCAUGGUCCACCACCUCCGACGGAUCCUUACAUGCAUAGAGGAUACGCUCCUCCCUCCUCACAUCCCCCUAAUUAUUACUCACCAUUCCCGCAUCCUCCGCCGCCCUAUCCCAACUAUUCUUUCCUGCCAUAUCCGAAUCCCAAUAUGUCGAGCGAGCCUCAACCACCCGCUCAGUAGGGAAGCAAUGCGUUUAAGGAUAAUCCUAGGUUAAGGAUAAUGAAGAGCGAGGAAGUUAUCGCAAAGCCGCGGCUCCGAAGCUUAAUAGACUGAAGCUGUAAAACGCAUCGAUGUAAAUAUUUAGUCACAAAUAUUGAGAUAUUAAGAAGAGAUGUUUGAAUUGUGGAGAUUACUGGAGUUGUUUGCGAUAUUGAUAUACAAGAUGAUCGAGAAAGGCGAACGUAAUCGCUAUAAUUAACAUUGAACCGUGCAAUCUGUUAAGCUAUUUAGAAUAUUUUAACUUGGCUGUCAAUGGCCAUUUUUGCGAUGCGUUCUUUGUUCACUAGCUAACUUUACCGAAAAAAAUGUACCCAUCGAACGGUACAAAUCACUCCUUUGUUUGAUCCACCGGUCUCAAAAGGGCGAUGUCAAGUAAGAUUUUUUACAAAUGCUUAGAUUAUGCGUCUUAGAUUGCAAUACGUUUCACGCUGUAACUGCAAUCAAUUGCAUCUCCGCAGUUUUUUCUACUUUUUGUACUUGCAUGAUGUCAUUUGCUGAAUUAGCCUUUUGUCAAUAGCCUCUUAACAUUGGAAUUGAUAAGUUUCUGAAGUAUAAUUUUGGGAAGAUUGAAGAUGUAAAUUGUAUGAUUAAAGGGUGAAAAGCGUUGUAUAUUAUCAUUUAGCUUUAUGUGUUACAUUUAGCUAUUUAGCUUAUUUUUAUAUAACUCAUGUAAUAAAGAGGGGGAAAGUCAUUCCAGCAGAACAAAAUUCUCAUGACUGACGACACGCAUUACAUAAAACUGAACCUCACAAAUUAGAAAUGACAAGUGAAAAGUAAAGUUAUGAGAUUUUGAGUUUAUAUAUAUAUUUUUUAAUGACUCGAUUAUAUAAUAUUUAUCAAUAAUGUUUUACGUUAAGGCUAACAUAUUAAGGAAUUAAAUUUAGUAAUUUUUUUUUCCAGAUGACUUUUAGUUUGUUACUACCUGAGAUUCUUAAUUUUUAAGAGUAAGACAAAAAAAUACAUACAUUUCCAUGACAAAUCCUUGACGAUUUUGAAAUUAAUUGACUGAUCCCCCUCGUAUGGUACGGCAAAAAUAAUGAAUUUGCAAGCUAUAUGAACCACUUGAAACUAUAUUAUAAAAUGCAGAUAUUCGUUGAGAAAUAUUUACGUGCAUGAACUUUAUAUUAUUAUAGUAUUUAUAAUAUACUUACCCAGCGAGAUGUUUUUUUCUAUUUUACCACAUAAUAUACUUUGUAUAUUAUAGCGAUACAUUUGAUUGUUACGCAAUUCUUGGCGAUUCAGUGACUAUAUUCUGACAUUUGUUUAAAAAUUUGUUUUGUAUAUAAUAUGUUCAUUUGGAAAAUAUGGUUUUUGUUUGAGCUACAGCUGUAGUUUUAAUAUAAAACAUUUUUUCAGAUUUUUUUUUUGAUAAUUUUUUAUUUAAAAAAAAGAAAUACAUUUUUUCAAAGAAAUUAUUAUUUGGAUCAAAAGAUUUAAAAAAAUUUUUUAUCUGAAAUUUUGGUUUGAAUAAUAAUUUUUUCCAUGCGAGAGCAAUGAAACGCAAAGAAUAAAGUUGGUUUGCAUUAUCAUUCUUCCGUAAAUCUGAUUUUUGCGAUGCGCCAUUCAUCAUUGUCUCUUCUCUUUUCUCAACGAGCGCCGAAAUCAAUUGCUAUUCUCCGUGGCAUAUGUUACGUCGAAUCUACAUGUCAUCUCGAAUCUUUUUCCAUUUAUAUACAUUUACACGCGUAAUAUAAGUACAUACAGUAUUCACCUGAAACAUUUAGCAGUCAGUAAAUACAGUCUACAGCAUCCCUAGCGAAUUGUAUAUGGAUUGCAUAUUAUACUAUUAAUCGUUACGGUUUCCGAAAUAGAUAAUCUUACAGUAGAGCGUAGGAUUGUUGUUAAAUAGAAUGUCUCUUACGAUUAAAAAGAAAAAAAAAGGAAUUCACACUAUCUCGGACAUGUAGCAUAAACGUAGGGAGAGCCAUGAUUUUCAGGAGCGACUCUUCAGAGACUCGGAACUGUGAUAUUUUAUUAUAAUCUCGUGUCGAAUUCGCACACUGUAUGCUCUUGUCCGGAAUCAAAGUCGCUGACCUUGAUUUUGCGGGAAUUUCGCGAGCUGGUCCGGAAUCUCGGCCCGUCUUCGCGACGCUCGAUCGAAAUUGUUGCAUUUACGUUUAGUGUAAGUCAAUCCGGGUGCACGAGAUGGCUAAUCCAUUUUUCCAAAUGGGACACAGAGACGCGCACGGGUUUAUCAUGGUGCUCCCUGUAAUAUAUUAUACGAAUUAGUGGUAUUCAACCCUUCCUCCAAUAUAAUUCUGAAAGCAUUUCUUUUCAGAUCUUUAUAGACAUGUUUUCAGAAUUUUAUAUUUCCGAAUAUACAUACAUAUUUUCAGCUGUAAGGGAUUUUUGUAAAAUCACAUUUUUGUAUAUGUACAUCUUCUUUUAUAUAUAAUAUAAUAUUUUAUAUUUUUAUUUAAAACCACUUGUACAAUGUUCCUCUAUGUUUUGUGAGAAACUAAUUCCUCACACAACAAGUUUAUACAUUACAGAAUAUUUUCCUUUAUAUCUUUGCGCCUAUUUGUCAAAUCUCUUAAGCUUUUUUCUUAAAAUAUACAAAUUUGUUUAAUGCUCUUUUGAGAUUACUCUAGGUUGAAUACCUCUGAUUAGAGAUGAAUUAUUCUAGCGAAAUAAGCGUUCAUGCUGGAUAUAUAAUUAGUAUACUGUGUCUCCGUGGCGGGUCUCAGUGUCGUCUGUUUACCGUGCAAAGAGACCUCAGCGUCCUCGAUGUUUACUUGGGACGCUUUGCGGCCACACGUUUCAUAGGUUCUAAGUGUACAGAUGUUUAGCGCAAGUAAGCUGUGCAAUUCUUCGCAAACAGCCGACAAGAAAUCUGUCUUAUAAAACGCGUGCGCGAGAGCCGUACGUUCUGAAAGCGUUGCGAAAAUUAAUUACGAAGUAACAGCAUUCACAUCCCGUAUUUGAGUGAUUAAAUAUGAUCAUCGAGUUUUAUUUUAUAUAACAUAAAAAUGUGAUGUUACAUGCAUUCGAUGUUAUCAUAGGCUGAGAAUUAUAUGACUACAUUUAUUGUUAUUGCUAAAUGCAAUGAGCCGAUUUCAAAUUUUAUUUGUGUACUUUACAAUAAUUGCAUUUGAUGUUAUACUUAGCGUUUUACUUAUUGUUAAAUGUGGAUUGUGCGAUAAAAAGAUACGAUAAAAAGAAUAACAAAAAAGGAUAAAGUACGGGCUGAUGAAUUUAUCAUUAAGAAUUUAUUGUGAAUACGCAGAAGCGAUAUGUGCAUUUUAAUGAGACUUUCGGAAUUGACUUGCACCGCUCUCAGAACAAGCGGCUCAUAUAUUUGCAUAAGAGCAAUUAUAUUCGUCUCAUUCAAUUAUAUUUCUUUUCUGUUAUAGUUUUUUUUUUUGCCAUUUGCAUAUCUGUAAAUACCCAUCAUUUACAUUUCAUAUUUUAUUUAUUAUUAUAUAUUAGCCAUUACGAUCGCUUUUUUUUGAUGUCAGAGUAUUGCUUUUAUGUAAAAUAAAUUGUUUACAUUGAUGAGAGAAAAGAAAUUGUUUCCAUUGUUAUGUAGAAAGCGAGAGAAAGAGAGGAAGAGAGAGAGAGAGAGAGAAUGAGAGAGAGAAAAGAAUGAGAGCCUACAUAUAUAUAUUUGUUUUUUAUGACAUUCAUCUUUGCAUCUGUGACCAAAAACAGGAAUUAGCUCAUAGGUCCGUAUUUUUGCCGCACAUUUAACGCUAAACGUGGCCGUCUAAUUUUAUUGAGAAAAAAAGUUAUUCUUGUCUGAUAAAUUGCGAUAAAACUUAAUAUGACAUAUAUAAAAUUGUUCCGUAGAUAAAGAUUGUCUGUAUAAAUGAUUUUGUGAAAUUAAAAUGUAAGAUUCAAAGAUGUUUGAGAGAUUCUCGAUAUACCCAAUAAAUUAUUAGGAAUAUCAGAAAAUGUUCUCUAUGUGCAAAAAAAAAAAAAAAAGAUUUUUGCAGCUUAAUAGAUUUACGAUUACAUGUAAGAUUCAAUUGUAAUGAGAGAAUCAGAGGCAGCUGCCUUUAGCGUACGGCUAGAAUACGCGUCGCAGUGUACAUGCAAAUGCUUAGUAAAUGCGUAAGGGAUGAUUAUGUGUCGAUUCAUUAUAUGGGAUUACAAGUAAACAGAUUCAUCUGAUUAGUACGAGAAAGAUCUGUCUUUCAGUCCGAAAUUCUCUGUAUCAACGUGGUAAUAAGAUUUUCGCGAUACACACUUUUCGUCUGUGUAUGUACACACGAUAAGAUGAUUAAAUACAUGUUACACACAAGAGCUGGAUUUAUCGAAAAGUUAUAAUAAAUGCCAGCGGAGAGGAAUAAAAUAACGCUCGUGUUGCAA